AUGCCCCUGACUGCCAGUGCCAUGGACUUUUUUCAACUCUUUGUCCCUGACAACGUACUAAAGAAUAUGGUGGUCCAAACCAACAUGUAUGCCAAGAAGUACCAGGAGAGGUUUGGUAGUGACGAUGCCUGGAUUGACGUCACCUUGACAGAAAUGAAGGCCUUCUUAGGCUACAUGAUAUCAACCAGCAUCCACCACUGUGAGUCUGUUCUCAGCAUUUGGAGCAGCGGCUUCUACAGCAACAAGAGCAUUGCACUUAUCAUGACACAAUCACGGUUUGAGAAGAUCCUGAAGUACUUCCACAUUGUGGCCUUUCGCUCAAGCCAGACAACGCAUGGCCUCUACAAAAUCCAGCCUUUUCUGGACUCUCUGCAGAAUGGCUUUGACUCUGCUUUUAGACCUUCGCAAGCCCAGGUACUACAUGAGCCCUUGAUUGAUGAGGAUCCCAUUUUCAUUGCCACGUGCACAGAGAGGGAGCUGCGUAAGAGGAAAAAGAGGAAAUUCAGUCUCUGGGUUCGGCAGUGCUCAUCCACUGGUUUCAUCUGCCAGAUUUAUGUCCAUCUCAAAGAAGGGAGUGGUGCUGACGGGCUGGAUGCUUUGAAGAACAAGCCACAGCUUCACAGUAUGGUGGCCAAAAGCCUUUGUCAAAAUGCCGCUGGGAAGAACUACAUCAUCUUCACUGGCCCAAGUAUUACCAGCCUGAAUCUCUUUGAAGAAUUUGAGAAGCAAGAGAUUUACUGCUGUGGGCUGCUGAGCACCAGGAAGAGUGACUGUACAGGCCUACCUCCAUCCAUGCUGAACAACCCUGAAACUCCCCAGUCCAGAGGACAGUACAGAAUAAGAAUGAAGGGAAACAUGUCCUUGAUCUGCUGGUACAAUAAAGGGCACUUUCGUUUUCUGACCAAUGCCUAUUCACCAGUUCAACAAGGAGUUAUAAUUAAGAGAAAAAGUGGAGAAAUUCCCUGCCCAUUGGCGGUUGAAGCAUUUGCUGCUCACCUUAGCUAUAUCUGCAAAUAUGAUGACAAAUACAGCAAGUAUUUCAUUUCUCACAAACCAAACAAGACCUGGCAACAAGUAUUCUGGUUUGCCAUCAGCAUCGCUAUAAACAAUGCCUACAUCCUCUACAAAAUGUCAGAGGCCUACCAUGUGACAAGGUAUAGCCGCGCACAGUUUGGUGAAAGACUUGUAAAGGAGCUCCUGGGCUUGGAAGACACCUCACCCUCCCAUUGAUGCAUUGUUCUUGGUGGCAUAGGCAGGGAGUGGAGGGUAAGCAGAAAAAGAUACUACACCUGGAACGGCAAACCAAGGGACUUGUGAAACUACCAGUGCUGUCCUUAUCCAAAAAUGCCAAGUGAUGCCACUUGAGAGGUGGAAACUUUGUUCCUAGUAGCAGCUGGAUGUAAACAUGUCCUGCAGAAAGUGCCAAGGGAAAAGCUGACACAAAAUGGCGUAUGUGAAUGCCCUGUGGGAAUCUGUACACCAGAAACAGACUUAAAUUAGUUGUCGUCUCGCUACUAUUUGUUGAACAGGGUCAUCUUGU